AUGCCACCCAAGCGUAGAAACUCGAUCUUGAAGCAACCGCACACCGAGCCGCAGGAUGAUAUCGACAAUACGGACUUCCGGCGUCGUCGCGUCUCCUUCCACCGCGAGAAGUUUGUGCAGCAUUACGACAAAGUCGACGACAAAAUGAUCGACUCGCCCAAGAAGGAGGCGCUGAACGAGAUCUCGGCGUCGACGGAUGGAUCGAAGAUGUCGCUCUCGGGGAUGCCGACGCCCAGCCGCGACGACACCACCCGGCAGCUCUUCGGCGCCUCGACUGCCGAAGAAUCGAUGGACCAAUCGCACCUGCAGCGUUUCCUGAACGAAUCUGAGGCGGCCAACGCGACGUCGAAUAUCUUCCUACAGCCACCACAAUCCGGAACCUCGCUCCGCUUCUUCCACGAUUCUGUCAACAUGAGCGUCGACACCACGAUGCCGAUGGAGGGCAAGCUUCGUGCCGACGUCAUGAACAGCUCGCAGGCUUCGUUCUCCGGCCACAACACCACGGACCUCUCUUUUGCGGAUAUGAAUAAGACUGCAUACUUGUUCGGGGCGGCCGACAGCUCGUGCGCGAGGCAGCCGAAGAAACUCGACUUUGACGGCGCCGUCAUCGACAAGACCACGCAGCUCUUUGGGAGCCAGGAACAAGAUCCCGUCGACUCGUCGUUCAUCAACAAGACGAUGGAUUUGUUCCAGCACGAGAAAACGACGCGCGCCAAUAUGACGAUGGACAUGAGCAUCAGCGAGACGACGGUGACAAGCCGAUCGAGUCAAGGCACCCCGAAGACCGUCGUCUCCUACGAGCGCACCCACGUCAAGAUCACCUCCGUCGAGAGCGGCAUCGACAAGAACGACUGGGACGGCUUCGAUGGAGCCGACCGAACGGAUGCGCUAUGGACGGACCGCCAGGCGACCCCCAAGAAGGACAACAAUUCGGGGGAAAUGAGCAUCAACGAGGAUCUGCACAUGCAGCCCGAGAUGCAGAGGAACGUCGAAGGGCCGACGCUCCACGACGACAGUGAUACCACCACGGAGGUGGUUUACGGGAGGUCGCAGCCGAAGAUCGAGGAGAACGAGGAAGUGUCGAUGGUCCUAAACGAUAGCGAGUCCACGGAGGUACUUUUUGUACCAUCAGCUCCAAUUCGGGAGACGCAGACGAUGAGCGCGAGUAAGACGAGCCAGGGCACCCCGAUGGCUGUCCCGCACAAGAGGAGCCGCUGCUUUGACGGUAGCCAGACGAAGGCCGUCGACACCACCCUACGCAACGACUCCAUCCAGCCGCAACAAGCACAGGACGCACCGGCCGACGAAAAUACCAUGGACGUGUCUGAGGCCAUCGCCGGGAAGACUGGCAACAUCACGCCCGCCGUCGAUGCCGAACAGAAAGAGGAUAAGCCCGACGUCGACCGCUCCAUGCUCAGCACCAGCCAGCCCUCAAUUGGCAAGGAGCGCGAGGUGGAGACCCGGAUCGGGGACGACGAAGAAGAUGAGCGGGAUCAGUUGGAGCUGGCCGAGUCUGUGAACGCAAUCAACAUGAGCCGGCUCUUUGACGACAACCAGACUGACGCCAGGAACGUCACCGUGUGCAACGACACCCUCCCGGUCCGGCAAACUCAAGAAAUCACAACGCACGAAGAGCCGAUGGACGUACCCGAGUUCGUCGUCGAGACGACUGUCAACACCACCCACGACGUCGAAGCUCAACAAAAGAAAAUAAACCCCAAAAAGGACCGGUCGAUGCUCAGCGCCAGCCAGCGCUCCAUCGGCAAGGAGCCCGAGAAGGAGGAGACGCUCAGCGUUGACGAGAUGCUCCGGGCUGAGGAUGAAGCCAGGCGCGAGGCCUACAGGCGGAGACUAGCAAAGUUUGACGCCAAGCCCGGCCCCGACAUCGCCAAGCUGGAGGAGCGGGUCCUUCGUUUGAAGGUUGAGAUGGCGAAGCGUGCCGAGUACGACAAGAAACUGAUCGCCCACGCCACCGAGGUGCGGGCGAACUACCGAGCCGCCCGUGACCGUGAAGCCCAAUACAAGAAAAACGAGGCCGCCUUCCGCGCCGACGCCUACGACAUCUUCUACGGCAAGAAGGAGGCCCGCCCGUCGACCAGCGAUGCG